AUGAAAUACACCGAGCACUUUAAGCGUCAACACCUAUCUACCGAAUCAGGAAGCGCCACACCUAUCGAAAACGUCUAUCUGGAUGAACCAAGCGCAGAUCUCAUCUUUGUCAGUAAUAAGAGAUCCAAGGCAAAGGGUAGAUUCAACUGGGCGAUUUGCUUUGACGAGGGUCAACAAAUGGGUUUGUUUAACAGAUACAGAAAUCAUAUAACUCUUCAAAGAGCAUUUGCAAAAACUGCCAUCAAAGAUAAAACAACCAUUGCGGAAGGAGAGCUUCUGACCACGUACUUUGAUCCCAUCCUUGCCAACAUUUUGGCCAACCCAGAUGAAAAUGUACUUUUACGUUGGGCAAACGUCACUUGUGAUGCAACCAUUAGCAAGCUUACACAAAUGACUUUUGGACCAAGCCUUGGAUUUGGUGAGGCAAAAGUGGUACAACCAACAUGCGAUAAAUACAUGCUUUGCUACGACUUGGCACGUUUGGCCACUUUUGCAAAAGAUACAAUUGCCGAAAACAAGUUGAACGCAUCUUUAUCCGUUACUCUUUUCCUCGCCCGUUUACGACACGAUGGCAUCUAUGUCAUGCAAGAAAUAGCCUAUAUGACAUUUCCUCAAUCAAUUGAAGAAUUAGUCACUUUCAUCAGCAAAAUCACUGACGCAUUUUGGCGUUUACGUACUUCAUGUGAUAACGAAGAGCUGAUUAAAGCGCAUGGUCGUCCCACAAAUCCUUCGUUGUACUCAUUGGUUGAUGCAUCUGAAGAUCGACGUCGUUUAUGUUCAUUACGAUUUGGAUCAUAAUGUAUUUUGUUCUCUUUUCCUUCAUUAUCCUCCCUCUGUGCUAUCUCUCCCUCUCCUCCCCUAAACCA